AUGCGCGGUACCAUUUGUUGCGGUCAAAUGUCAUAAGCAGGUCCGGGAUACAUUUGGCAGUGGCAGACUGAAUAGAGUAAUCAUCUGCACAAUUUGAUGUCCCACUCGCUGCCGUUCGCAUCAGCCUCCGUCGUGACGAUACCUAUUCUAGGAGGAUGCAAAGUGACGAAAGUGAACAUGAAAAAUUAAUCAAUAAUCGCGUGAGCGAAAACGGACUGUAGUUUUGAUAACUUGCCAAUUGGAGAUUGAUCAUCUGUAUUGUGUUUCAAAGAGGUGUAUUUGAAGGUUGAUUACGCAGCAAAGACCACCAAGUGCUACAAGAAUGUGAAAAAGAGGAAAUGCAAACGAGAUUGAAAUUAUUUCAGCGAGCAAAGGCCACAUAAGUCCUGAGUGUAGUUUUCAUACCUACCAGCCAUUAUUGUUGUUUCUACUAUAACCAACUUACCAGUGUGAAAAUUGUGGUGAAUUGCAGAGCUUAAAACUGUAAAUUUGCAAGCAACAAUCAUCCUACAAGUUGUAAAUUUUCUAUAUAUUUGCCAAAACGUUUGGAUUAAUCAACGGAACACCUGACCAUAAGAAUAUCCUUCCAACAUGCCGAUCGUUAACAUAUUGAAGCGUGCGUCGAGCUACAUUAUGGGUAGUGAUGAUGAUGGCGAAGAAGGCAACGAACUCGUUUAUGAAGAUAACGAAGUUCUGUUCUGUAAGAACAACAUUUGCGUCCAUCCUCCAGCCGUCGUUCGCCAGGAGUCUGACAUUCUUCAUUACCCUGGAUAUUUAACUGUUACUACCAAAACCUUUAUUGAUCAGUAUAAUAAUGCCAAAAGACCGACACUUUUUCUGACCUGGAUUCCCAAUUCCACCUUGCGAAAAUGUCCUUCAACUGUAGAGAAUUGCGGGUUCUUUCGAACGAGCAGUUUAUGUGAGAACAAACUGAAGCAACAUCAACAACUGCAAUCACAGAAAGACACUCAGCUACAAAAACCUGAAACAGUUCAGCAACAACCAGAAAAAUCUGAUAAUAAUCCUUUCACAACUACAAUAAAAAUCGCCAACACAAAUCCAUUUCUCGAACCGUACAAUGAAACUUUGGCGCAUACUUCAAGUGAUACCAAGUCUAUGAACUGUUCGGAUUACUCCGAAACCAUCAGUAUUAGUUCGAACUCAGACAAGGCCAGUCUCUGUAACAGCAACGAAUACAGCCGUGAGGAUGUACACGAUGACGACGAAGACGAAGGAAUCAUUACCUCGGAGACGCAUACCAGCGUUGUGGAAGAGACGGCCGAAGAGCAGGAAUUGAAAACCGAACUUCAACCAUUGAUAGAGUCAGAAGAAUCGAAAACAACCAACGUCGUGAAGGUACUGGCCUCGCAAGCCUCGGUCACCUCGGUGAACAUAACGAUCGCGAGCCCACACAUACAGAACGUAGACAUUUCGCCACCGGAAUCGGCCAUGCCCCACAACGAGCGGUUCAUGCGCUCCCUAUCGAUAUCUUCGAACGAUGAAAACAACCCCAACUGGAUGUCCCCGGAGUUGUUGGCGUACAAGCACAAUCUGGCCUUUCCGGAGAGUGCAUCGGCUUCACCGAUCGUGAGCCGAAAGGCGCCGGUGAAGUGUAGAAGAUUUUCCGUUGACCUGAGCCAGAUGCGUGCUCUCCGUUUGUUCUUCAACGAUGAAAACUGUACAUCCGGACAGUUGGUGAUCGCAUCAAGAGAGUCCCAGUACAAGAUCCUCCACUUCCACCACGGUGGGUUGGAUCACCUAGCACAAGUCCUGCACCAGUGGCACUGCCUUUUGCACAACAUCAAGCUGGCCCCGGGCCAGGAUGAACCGAACCUUCCGUAUCGACAGUUCAUGGUGUGUCGACCGGAAGUACGAAAAGCCGAGCUGCACCCCGAGGAAGGCAAGGUCAACAAGAUCACCACAGACUACUUCUACGGAACGCUGCUGAACGAGAAAGGUCAGAUUGAGGACGAUCUGCAGUUACGGAAGUGCGUAUUCUUCGGUGGACUGGAGAAGAGUCUACGCAAAACGGUCUGGCCUUUCCUGUUGCACUGCUACAGUACCAAUUCGACAUUUGAGGAUCGGGCUGCGUUGGCGGAGAUUCGACGCCAGGAGUAUGAGGAAAUCACCAGACGACGAUUGUACUCGAUGUCGCCGGAAGCACAGGCUCAGUUCUGGCGCACGGUGCAGUGCGUUAUCGAAAAGGACGUAGUUCGAACAGACCGUGGAAAUCCCUUCUUUGCCGGCGAUGAUAAUCCCAAUAUCGAUACCAUGAAGAAUAUCCUGCUGAAUUAUGCUUUCUACAAUCCCGGAAUGUCGUAUACCCAGGGAAUGAGCGAUCUAUUGGCUCCCGUUCUGUGCGAGAUUAAAAAUGAAUCGGAGACCUUCUGGUGCUUCGUGGGACUUAUGCAACGAGCUAUCUUUGUUUGCACACCUACUGACAACGACAUCGAUCGGAAUUUGUGUUACUUGCGGGAAUUGAUACGACUUAUGGUUCCUAGUUUCUACAAACACCUUCAGAAGCACACCGAUGCCACGGAAUUAUUAUUUUGCCAUCGUUGGAUCCUAUUGUGCUUCAAACGCGAGUUCACGGAGGCCGUGGCGAUCCGCAUGUGGGAAGCCUGUUGGUCCAACUAUUUGACCGACUAUUUCCACCUGUUUCUCUGUCUGGCCAUCAUCGCGGUUUAUGCCGACGACGUAAUUGCUCAAGAUUUGCGAACCGACGAGAUGCUAUUGCAUUUCAGUUCUUUGGCUAUGUACAUGGACGGCCAGCUGAUCCUACGUAAGGCCCGCGGUUUGCUGCACCAGUUCCGACAGUUUCCGAAGAUUCCGUGCACACUGUCCGGACUGUGUAAACGGUGUGGACCGGGAAUGUGGGACUCCGGGCACCAUCCCUCGAUCGAAUGUAUCGGCCAUCUGGACCAUGAAAAGUGUGCACUGGCUGUGGAUUGAACGGUAUGCGUACCUAGAAGAUAAACGCUUCGAAACAAAACAAAAGAAUGAAUGGUACAUUCCAGUGAUAAGAAACAGUUUCACAAACUUUACGAUUAGCAUGACACUGAAUCAAAUCAAGCUUUAUUUUAGUUUAGUUUAGGCAUCACAUACAGAGAAGAGAAUCUAUAUAAUGUAGGCUAAACGCUUAGAUCGACGGUUUUCCAGUCUGUACUAGGUCGUAUAGCAUUGAUGCUGAUUGGCCUUGUCACGCGUGGACAAUUUAACACCUAAGCAUAUUUAUUGCAAAACCUUUUAGCUAUUAACGCUGUUAUUUUAUUGUUAAGUGGAACAGGAUUUCCCUUUUUAAAACUGAUGCUAUUUAAGUUACUAUAUUAGUACACACAUUUCAACAAGUAGAUAUCGCAAGUGAACGGCAGCAAACAAAUAUAUACUAGAGAAUACAAUCAUAAUACACAUACAAACACAGAGGCCCCCUAAAACGCUUGAAUUAACAUAGAACAAUAACUAUCUAGUUAUGGAGCUUUGCUUUUUGUUAUCAUCAGUUCUACUUACAAUUCAUACCGAGCGAUUUAAAUUUUAAUAAAACAUCUUGAUUUCAUAAAACUAGAAGCAUUAGAGUUCCAAUUCAGUAUGAAAAAAAAAACACAACUACACUCAAUUCUGUUUUACGCGAUAAAUGCGUCCGCGUAAAAAAGUUCGUGUAAAAAAAAUCGCGUAACUUCGAGAAAUUGCGCAAAAAAAUCCAAAGGAAUUUUUUUACGUGAUUUGCCCUCAGCAAAUGACUAAAAUAACUUCGAGAAAAUCGCUUAAAAAGUCGUGCAAAAUAAAAUCGCGUAAAAAAAAAUCAUGUAAAAACAGAAUUGAGUGCAAUAUGAUUUGAAAUGAAUGAGUAAACUAAAAUAACCUCUUUCAAACCAUAAACGGCAGUGAAAUAAUUAGCAAGUUUUUGCACAGAUACUAUAUAGGUGAUGUUCAGAAGUGUUUACACAAAUUUUAUUAGGAACUGCUUUAUGAUAGUAGUGUCGUUUCAGCAAUCGGAAGGUCAUAAUCGAAAUAUUGUGCGGUAUCCAGUGGUAAAUGUGCUGGUUCUUGGAAAAGCUCUACUUAUAGCAGUACCUGCCUGUCUCCGCUUCCUGAAGUAACGUCCCCACGGGGACGAAGCCUGAUUCUCAGUAUUUUAUGAACUUUUCCACAGGAAAAUGAAUGAAAGAAUUGUGUGGCAUGCAUGAGUAUACUCUGUACCCAAGGAAGUCAGUGGGGUACAGGAAAUAGAAGGAAAGCAUGGGCGAAACUAUAUGCGGAGGUUUUAUGGAAUUGUCAAUGAUGCGUGACACAAGACUGCGCCAAUGCUCACCAUGUGAAAUGCAAGCAUCGGAACUUUGCUGCAUGCAGUUAUUCCAUACAAACUCUAGGCCUUGUAGGCCGUCUGCACGUUGGGCCUCCAAUUUAUCUAGUUCACUUAUUGAAGGCUCAAUCGCGUACCGUGUAUGCACCAAACUUUGCGCAGUUAAGAAAAAUCAAAUUUAUAAUCGUUAUAAAAAAUACAAACAAACAAAAUAUAUCAUGAACAACAUGCUCAUACGAUAGACUAAUGAUCCUUCUUUGAGUCUGCAAUAUAAAAAAAAAACAUAAUAUUGACCAAAAAAUACUUAAAAUAGAAAAACUAUUUCAUUGAUUUGUUCCUAACUUUGCGCACAAAAACUUCGAUUGUUCCUAACUUUGCGCAUGGUGUGCCUAACUUUGCGCAUGCUAUGAAUUGUCCAAAAAAAUCACCAAAAAUACUAUUAUUUAAUGUUUUUCCAUUAAACUAAAGUUAUUCAAGUAGUGUGCCCUUAACUGAUCUUUGUUGAAAUACUUUGUCCUACGUGGCAGGGGGAACGGAGGCCGCCGGAGUUCUUGAAUUCGUCUGCGGUUCGUACUAGGCACCUACCGUGUGAACAAUCCAAACUUCAUGAGGGGUUUUCCAGUGGCUAGAGAUCAAAGGUAAAAGCUUCCUGAUAAAUGAAGUGACAGUUACGGAUAGGAACAAUAAGGGGUCAUUUAAAUAUGACGCCCAUCUUUUGGGGGGGGAGGGGGUUGGGGUUGUCUAAAAAGUGUGAUAUGCCAUGUAUUAGGUCACUCUAAAGAAUUUUCACGUCCGAUUUACGUGAAAUAUCACGUAGCUCAUCCUUAUUCACAAAAUCUCAAAAGUUACCUGACGUUAGUAACUAUCACCCGAUAAUCACGGUGUAUGCACCGCCCUGUUUGGUAAAGUCCACCUAAUUUUCACGUAAAUCGUUUGAAUGCGUUUGUGUUGGUGAAUUUCUGACUUCGAAGUUUCCGCUAAUCGAAAGUUACGUGAAUUUCAGGUGUGAAAAAAUAUUCAAUAUGGCGUUGAGUAGUUUGGUGCACAAACUGCUUGCUGAUUUGAGUUUCCGUGCAAGUUGCAGCAAGUAUUGAAAUAAUUUAAUUGUGUAAGACAAUUGAUAGUUAUUUAUUAUUUGAAAGGAGUUAUGACUUUUUUAUAUUUUCAUUAAUUUCAGAAGCUGGAAGAAGGUGUUAUUAAUCACUGACGGUGACGGAAGUCCUACAAAGUUAUUGCGUCAAAAUCCAAAGAUUAUUUGUAUUAAAUUAUCCAAUCUUAGAAGAUCCGAAGCGUAUAUACAUUUAUUAAUUAUGAAUGAAAGUGUAGAUUUAUGAAUUACUCCAAAAUAAAAGACUGAUAAAGAUUUUUCUUACAUUUUUAAAUAUUAGUACCAGCUUGUAGCGUAUUUGAGGAGGCAAGAGUCUUUAUCUCUGUAAAAUGCAUUGAUAUAUUAAUUUUACGAUUGCAUAAUUAUGCUUUUUUCAUUGCAUUUUUUAAUAAUUUAAAAUCUCUUGUCCCUUCAAAUACGUUGCAAGCUGAUACGACAGCUUUAUUUUCAUUUAAAAAUCGUGUAUGAAUUACGUGAAAUUCACGUAGAACUAAUCAUGUUCUCCCGUAAAAGUUACCGGAAAUUUCAGUAGCACUUACCCACAUUUCACGCAAAUACUUGUCAAGUUUACCUGAUUUAUCACGUCGAUCAACGAAGCUCAAAUUUAUCCAGCUACCUGACAUUCCGGUGAAGGUUACGUGAAAAAUAUGGUGGACGAAAACUACCUAUCUUUUCACGUAAAUCGGACGUGAAAAUUUUUCAGAGUGUAUACUAUGAGGCGUGACGGGGUGACCCGGGGGAGGAGGGGGUUCUAAAAUUCUAAAAACAUGAUGGACGUCAUAUUUGAAUCGUCCCUAACAUUGACCGCCGCGAAAGCCAAAUGAAGGACUGUUCACAAAUCACGUCACAUUGUAAACAGACGGAGAGUGCCUGCCGUAGUGCUACGGUUCAUACAAUUUUCUACUAAUUUCUAUACAAAAUCUGCUACAUGGUGGAGAGGUAGGCCUGAAAUUGUCAGUGCUAGUGUCAUGUAUACACGUUCAACAUGCAUUUACUGAAAGUGCGCAAAAAUUAGGAACACAGUGCAAAUAAUGGUUUCAAACAUUGCGCACUACUAUUUACUAAUUAAAUUGAAAAAAAAUAUUACGAAUUGUGAUUGAUGUUACUAGAAUAUCAUCUUUUUUGUCAAUUAACUCCAAAAUUAACCAUCGUUGCACAGUUUUAUCGAAUAAAUGUCGAUUUUCUGUAGAGUUACUUCUUGGCAACCGUGUUAAGGCGAGGCCAAUUUUUACGUUUUUGUGUAUUUUUUGUUUAUUAUUCAACAUAAACAAAGAUUUUAUGACAAUUAAACGUUCGUCAAAUAAUGUUUAUGUUUACACAAUGCUAGUGCAAUGAUUAAACUGUUGAAAAUGUUGACAUUUAGUUAUUUUUUUCGUUAUUUCACAAGAAUGCGCAAAGUUUGGACCUGCGCAAAUUUAGGUGCGCACACGGUAUAAUUCUUUACGUUCUUUUUGAUUUGUUUCAUACUGAUUGAAAAGCUCCAAAACCGAUCAUGCCUGACAAACGAGGGUGAUGUAUUUUGUCUCGAUAGGGCGUAUUACCACAGAUGCCCCACGUGAUUUACCUUUAUAAAAAAUAUCUGCACUGUGGUUCUGAAGUGCGAUUAUCGAGAAGUUUUUGCAGAGUUUUUCCUUGUAGCACUCUACCGUUAGAUACUCUCCACUGUAUUCUUGGUGUAUUCGAUUGCUUGUCUGAAAAAAUGUGCGGGAUUAUAUCUACAGAGAAGCAAAGAUGAAAUAUAGCUAGAACGAAAUAUGUAAUAAGAUCGCAAAAUUACUUAUGAUUACUACAAAACAAGAUGAUAAUAGUAUAAUGCUGAUUGACAUCAAUUCAAAAUAUUACACAGGUAAUUCUGCCCCUAUUCGCAUAACAGUCCCAUGUUUGCUGGGUUUCCUAUUCACAUGGGACUAUUAUGCCAAUUAGGGCAGUAAUCGCAGCAUAUGAUGGGGUAAAUCGAAUCGUGUUUGAAAUAACGAUACAUUGUGUUAAAUAGCAGAAAUGUGAAUAUCUUUACAUAUAUGUAGGCUU